CAAGAUUAAAGGCGUCGACCUAUUGAACAAUUUUUGCUUUACCAUAAAUAACUGUAUGUCAAAUUAUGAGUUGUCAAAGUUGUCAAUGUCAAUAACCUAAGGUAUUAUCGAACGAACGAUCGUGCAGAACGUGGCUGAAUCUGAGUAAAUUUAAUCCAUAUUUAAUUUGUAUUCUUGACUGCCGGGUUGGUAAGAUUAAUAUCCUAAAAUAGUAAUUUAUAGUGACUUAUCCACAAAUAUUUGGAAAAUGAUGUAUCACAUGAAGAAAAUCAUUGAUCACGAUAAAGAAAUCUUUUUGCCGAACUGCAUGUAUUCCGUAAAAUAUCGCACAGAGUUUUUCCAAGAAGAUUAUAGCGAUAGCGACAUCGGUGUCAGUGCCCAGGUUAUCAAGUUUCUUAAGGUUUUUGUCACUAAAAUUAUUAAAUUAACAAUAUGAUAUGUUUAGGUCAUAGCUUGCUAACAAUCAGGGAUACAUUAGUUUUUACUAUUAUAUAUAUGUUGCAGGUACAAAUGUUAUAGAAUGAAUACAAUUUAAAUUUUCCUAUUAUUUAUAUUUCUCAGUAAUGUGCUUCUGAGACAUUCAUCAUCAUAAUUUUGUGGGUCAAAUAAAAUGUCGGAGCUAGAACAUCGCCAGGAACAAUUAUUGAAAAAAUUGGAUACUCUCUAUGACAGAAUCAAGACAAUUAGUUCCUAUUGUAAUGUUAACAACAUUCUAGAAACUAAAACAAGUAAACAAGAUAAAUGUCUGCCUACACCAGAAGAGGUUGUUUUGGUUCUCAGCCCAGACAGUUUGCCCUGGUACCUGAAUCUUAUUUUGAAAAAACCUGUAGAUCUGAACAUUUCAUGGCACAUUCACUCUUCUGUACCUAACGAAAAAGUGUCGAAAAUUAAAAACUAUGUUAAAAAUCUAAAAGAAACUAAAAGUAAUUCUGCAAUAAAUUUGAGGCUGAUAUUUAAAUGUGUUUCGGCUGAUACAGAAUUGAAGAUAUCUACCCUGGAUGUUCCCAUCAUAGGCAAUGUGAACAUAUUACGCUAUCUGUCUUGUGUUUAUCCAAGUGUUAUACCAUACAAUGCUAAUGAUCAUAAUGUAGACACAUUACUUGAUAUCUGCCAUGUACUGGAAAGAGCAUCAGAUAAGAACAAAGAAGCACUUGUAAAGAAAUUAUUUGCAAAUGAAAAGAACUGGAUAAAUGGAAGUGAAUUUUCUAUUGUGGAUGUAGCUGCUUUUAAUGUCAUUAAGCAAUGGAAGAAUGUACCUAAUUAUGUUUCAAAAACAUGGUUCGAAAAAACAAACAAAUUAUUUUUGUAAUUUUAUGUACUACUUAUUUGAAUAAAUAGCAUUUGAC